CGCUCUGCUCCUGCGCUUUUGUGAUGCUAAACAACUGCAGGUCAUCAGGAUUCCUCCUCCCUCAGACCUCCUGAACAACACAGCGACUCAAUCUAGACAUUUGAAAAGUUGUAGAGCCCUGAAACACCGAGGGACAUCCGCCCGGUCCGUUUCCUUUGAAUUAUUUUGUUGGGCCACUCUUAUUUAUUUUAUUUUUGCCCACAGUCUUAUAUUGUUUUUCGUUUUAAUAUUACUUUUUUUUCCCCUAAUCUCCUAUAAGUUUAUUUUCAUUUGCGUCAGAAUGUUGUUAGAACAUCCGGGAUCAAGCUGUCAAAAUGCUGGGAAUUACACCAGAUACAGUUCGACUCAAGAUAUUCCAGUUUGCGCAGGCUGUAACCAGCACAUAGUCGAUCGUUUUAUCCUGAAGGUUUUGGAUCGACACUGGCACAGCAAAUGUCUGAAAUGCAGCGACUGUCAGUCUCAGCUGGCCGAUAAAUGCUUCAGUCGAGGCGACAGUGUCUACUGCAAAGACGACUUCUUCAAGAGAUUCGGGACCAAGUGCGCAGCGUGUCAGCAGGGCAUCCCGCCGACACAGGUGGUCCGGAGGGCGCAGGACUUCGUGUAUCACCUGCACUGCUUCGCCUGUAUCGUAUGUAAGAGGCAGCUGGCCACAGGUGACGAGUAUUACCUGAUGGAGGACAGUCGACUGGUGUGUAAAGCCGAUUAUGAGACCGCCAAACAGAGAGAGGCGGAUUCGACAGCAAAACGCCCGCGCACAACAAUCACCGCCAAACAGCUGGAGACGCUGAAGAACGCGUAUAAUAACUCACCAAAACCCGCGCGCCACGUGCGGGAGCAGCUGUCGUCGGAGACCGGCCUCGACAUGCGGGUGGUGCAGGUAUGGUUUCAAAACAGAAGAGCCAAAGAGAAAAGACUGAAAAAAGAUGCAGGUAGGCAGAGAUGGGGGCAGUACUUCAGAAACAUGAAGAGGUCACGCGGGAGCUCCAAAUCGGACAAAGACAGCACUCUGGAGGAGGGCAUUGACAGCGAUGCUGAGGUCUCUUUCACGGAUGAGCCGCCCAUGUCGGAGCUGGGUCACUCCAAUGGUAUUUACAGCAGUCUGAGCGAAAGCUCUCCGGCUCUGAGUCGUCAGGGUGGAGGUCAUCCAACCUUCCCUUUGGAGCAUGGUGCCAUCAUCCCCUCACAGGAGCAAUACCACGACAUCCAGGCCAGCAGCCCCUACAGCCUCCCGCAGUCUCCGGGCUCACUACAGGCCCUUCCCAGACACCAGCCCCUCAUCUCCAGCCUGGUCUACCCAGAGUCAGGCCUGCCCAUGGUGGGUCAGAGCGGAGGCCAGAACAUGACUCCGGGGGUUCGCAUGAUGGCUGGGGGAAAUGGGCCGAGCUCUGAUUUGUCCACAGGAAGCAGCGGUGGGUACCCAGACUUCCCUGCGAGCCCAGCAUCCUGGUUGGAUGAAGUGGAUCAUGCCCAAUUCUGAUAGUUUUGAAGAUGCACAUUUGGAAAGAGACCUAGAGCAGAUCUCCCCCAGUGGUCAGGGAUUACAAAGCGGAUGAAUUUUGUAUCUUCACUAAAAUUGGUUAGGGAUGGACCCAAGACUUGAGCUGAGAAGUCUCGCCAAGGCUUUGAACUACUGGUUGGUUCUACAAGAACACGACAUUGAGUGGGGAGCUUUCAGCAACUAUUGGAGCCCUUCACCAACUUUUACUUUAUGUAGACCAUGACUUUUAAUUAGCCUAUACGACAAUGAAAAGAUUUUAUUUUCUUCUUCAAGAUGAGAAUUCAAGUCAAUUACAGUAAGGUGCACCAAGAAAAAUUAAAUCAUCCAUCAUUGCUGUUACUGAUGUGUAUAAAUGUGAUUUCACCAGUUUGGUCCAAGUGUCUGGUCGUUGCCAAAUGUCUAUAUACAUUAUAUAACAUUUAAUCAAUGUGGAGUCUUUAUUUUUAUACAACCUCCUUGGACUAUAUGAUCACAGAGACUUUGUAUGUUUCACAACAGGGAUAGACAAGUUGUAGGCUAGCUGUUGUCUCUUUCUAUUCAGUAGGAAUUCCUCUAUGCAUUUGUGUGUUUUCAGACAUGUCUCGUUCAUUUCACUGUGUUGAAAACGUUUAGCCGAGACGCCGUGGCUCCUGUAUGUGUUAUGUGAAAAAAAAAUGUUUUAUGUCUUAUUUAUUCUCUCUGAUGAUGGUUAAGUCAUAAAGGUCUUUAAUAAAUUUGUCAUGAAAUCCUCAA